CAUCCGCGCGCUCUCGUGGAGUUUUGGAGCGUCACGUUAUGAUGGAGCGCGCGCUCCCGCGUCGCUCCCGGUCCCUAUAUCUGUCAUCCGCCACAAGAGCUGACAUCACGCAGAGGAUUACAAUGUCAAAUGUUUUAGGGUCGCGUCGCUGCGAGUUUAUGGCUUCCCCGCACUCGCUUCAGAGGAAUUCCCGUCACCACUUUCUCGAACAACCGAUCAAAUAUUAACUUUGACGUGGUCCUCUCCUCACCGCCCCACGCAGGAUGCAUUCAAGUUAAGAAGGUAUGUGUGUGUGAGCUCCUCCUCCAUCAUGCUGGGGCCCCAACUGGACCGCAACCGCCUGGUCCCCCCAAUGGACGUCUCCAACGGCAACCAUUGUCAGAUGGGGGCGAGCGACAGAGGGCUGGAUGAAGUGUGUCUGUACCAGACCGCUGCCUGCACUCUCUACUCUGAAGCGCACACACCCACGCCGCUAAGAGCCACUGCUAGCGCUAACACUAACGCUAACGCAUCAGCUGGCUCACACGCCAUCCUGCGCACACACACUGCGGAUCACGGUCUGCAACAAGGCUGCUCCCAUCCAGAGGUGGAAAUGCCAAGUCUGGAACAUAAGGUCCUGGACAGGGGGUCUCGCGGGGCCUGUGGGAGGAACCGGGGAUCCAUCACCAGGUCCUCAGAAGGAUACGGGACAGAGGAGGAGUGUGUGUUGUCUGACCCCCAAGGAGAGAGUGACGCCGACGCUGACAUAGAGGACACAGACUGCAGGCUCCAGGAGCCGGGUAGCCUCCAGCGAAUCAGCUCACGGCGGCGCAAGCGUCCGCGGCCGACGCGCCAGGACACCACGGAGAGCGAGGACGACGGGGGGCGGAGCCAGCGGACCCCCCGCUGGAACCCCCGGCUCAGCCCCCACCGCGGCCACAGCAGGACCAUCCUGGAGGAGAGCGUCUCUCAGGUCAGGCCGCUGGUCAUCCGUCGACCGAGCGCCGAGGUGCAGACGGACGGCAGCCCGGAGGCUUCCGGAGGCCCCAAGCCAGCGCUGUGGCCCUCGGCCCCUCGCCUGCCCCCCCGUCUCCUCCUGCUCCUCCUCCUCCUCCUCCUCCCCCUCUCCCUGGUCCUCCUGCUCCUCUUCAGACCCUGGGCCGGUGCCUGACCACCCAGAGCCCCCCCGCCCCCCCCUGUUGCUAGUUAGUAGUGAUCGAGGGUUUGAGUUUAUUAUGAACCAUGCACUACUCAGUAAUACACAGACACAAUAGGAUAGCACACGCAGACAGACACUUUGGUCCGACGUCCUAUUAAGUCUUUCUUUAGGUUAUUUGGACAUUCUAGAUGUUCAGCUAAGAUAUAUCUACUUUUAGAAAACUUGCUUUGAGGGAUAUUAAUUAUCGGAAAACUUCUACGAGGUAGGAUGUAAGGUGACUUUUGCAAUAUGUUUGGAACAUUCUACUAUUUACUUUUUACUAUUGAGUCAUUAAUACAGACUUUUACCCAAAGCAUCUUAAUGGAGGACCAAGCACCCCAUGUAUUUUGAUUUGCGUUGUAGAACGCCGCCCUCUACAGGUCAAACAAAUGCAACUGCAGGCUGCUAUUGCAACGGCUGAUUAAGAACGUGCCCGUCCUCCGCUUAUUGAGUCUGCGAGGCCCAAUAAUUUAUCAAACUUGAAAGCAUUUUCAAAAGGCACAAUUGUGUCAUGCUCACCAAACUUUUAAAUGUUUUUCUUUGGAAUUGAGCGUGUAUGGUUAAAUCCCAUUUCCGUUUCCAAGUCUGUGACAAAUCCUCAGGAAUGCGCCACUGUGUCCAGGUGAUGUCCAUUUCCAUUAAUUGGCAUCAUCUGGGAAGAGUUGGAGCCAAUCAGAAGCACAUGCAGUUAGUGGUGUUUCACCACAAGGGGCCACUGUAAAACGAUGUAUGUACAGUGUUUUUGUAUGUAUUUAUUUAUGUAUUUCUUUUUGACAAAAACAUGUAUUUAUCCUUCAGAGAUUUGAUUUCUAGCGGCACACAAAGUGAUAUUAAUUAUAGAUAAACUAUUAUUAUUGGAUAUAAGGUCAAGCCCUGUCUAUUCAGACUUGCUGUUCACAAAUGAGAAAAGUGGAAUUCUCUUGUCUCAUGUCAACUUUAAGUGAAGAUAGAGCUCAACUAUGCAGUCCCUUAUUACUCCGCCACAGUAAUUCGUAUUAACGUGUAUUUUCCUUCUCAAUCUAUUCAGUUGAGGUCCAUCUAGGGCAGCCCGUUGGCCUAUGCAGUUUAAUCCGGUUUUAAUGUUUAGUUAUAUUUGGAUUGAACACAGUCUGUUAAAAAAAAGCUCUUUAAUCUUCUCUUGUGCGUGUCUGUGAAGAAAUGAAGGAGAGCGAAUGCGGAAUGAACGUUUGGUUGUUGCUGAUCUUAUUACAAUAUUUGCAAACUGCUUGCUGAUGUAUUGUAAAAAAGAAAAGAAAAGAAAAAGGAUAUUUUCCAACCCUACAACCCUACAAGCAUAGGGCCUUCAGGAAACUCAAAUGACAAUCCUUACGCCUAUAAGCUAUACUGAAUAGGGAUGAAGCCAUCUUGUUGUAAUUUCACUAAACAGUGUAUUUAAAUUAAUGUGAUUAGGAGAUGGCUUUGUUGUUUGAUGAUGUAAAUACUCAUACAUUUUGUCGUCUCUGCACCUCAGUAGCCCUCCUUUUUCAUGCAGCAUUAUAUAUAGUUUUCCCUCCAUUUUGUGGCAGUGUUUUCCUGCGUCUGCACAUUAUGCUACUGACCAAGUUUCAUUGGAGCACAAUGUUUUCAUUAAAACCUAAAUUGUAUUUUGACAACAACAA